GGAAUCUCCCUCAAGGUUGGUGUGGUCACUGGGCUUUCUCCCGGGAGAAUGAUUGCCAACGUCUCACGGUUUCUUCUCCUGUCUGGGUGUCUGUGCGUUUCUGAAAGUGUCGUCUUCAAGUUGUUCCAAGUACCAAAGACAUUUCCACAAUCAUCCGAGGACUGCAAAGCACAUUCCGAUGGACUGGCUGAAGUCUACAGCGAAGAGCUCCAUCGGUAUCUGGUGGAGGUGACUGGUGUCAACAGAGUUUGGUUUGGAGUGACCAAGUGUGGGAGCAAUUGGUGCCUCACAGGCUCCAAUCAACCAGUGUCCUACACCAAAUGGGGGUCUGGAGAGCCCAGCAACCGCAUUUUGGCUUAUGAAUAUUGUGCGGAGUUACAUAAUGACCACAAAUGGAAUAGUGUAUCUUGCUCGAGCAGCAAGUAUUACGUGUGCCAGGAAUUUCAAUGCAAACCGACAACUUGCAACUCCAGAGGCAACUGCACUGAGAUGGCAAAUGAUUUCACGUGUGAUUGUGAGCAUGUUUUCUCCGGUAAAAACUGUGAACACGUCCAAUCUUGUCCUGCGAUUACCAAACCGAGCCACGGCAGCGUCAAAUGUGAGGGACUGUACGGUGAGCAGCACUUUCAGUCUGAGUGCACGUUCACUUGUGAUGUGGGCUUUAUUCCGAACGGGACGACACGGACAAGGUGCCAAGAUACCGGCGACUGGAGCUCUCCUGGUACAACCUGCCGAGCUGUUCCCUGCCAGGCUCUGGAUUCCCCACAGUACGGUGAGCUGAACUGUUCUGGUCUCUACGGUGACACUCACUACAACGCCAGUUGCUAUUUCUCGUGUGAUGGGGGAUAUGUUCUUCACGGUGACCUUGAGACGGUUUGUCAGGACUCGGGGAACUGGACCUCACACGAUGUCCAAUGCGUCCAACUCUUGUUGAUCGUUCUCUCUGUCAUUGUCGGAGUCAUAGCCAUGUUCCUGCUCUUACUGACCGUGAUCACCUGCUUUCGGAAGAGGAAAAAAGGCGAAGAGCGAACCCAACAUCUCCAUAAUAUCCAGAUGUCCCAGAUGCAGCGACAUUCACUUGAGGAGGGGAGGUACGCAGAGCAGAGGACGAGGACGGAGGUGGAGGCUGACGAGGGUCCACUGUACAUCAACAAUUCGUCCCUCAGGAGGAGACCCCCCAGCCCCCACAAAGGGCAGGACAUUUACGAGAAUCUAUGAGGCAGGCAGCCAACCAGCGGCAACACAACAAUAUUGCUUAUGUGGGGCCCGUGGAUGUUUCCCAACUCGGGCGAAACCUUGGGCAAGUUUCCUUACUCCACACGCGCGCCUGGUCAUAAUCCCUCGAGAGAAAGAUUAAAAACAUAAUGAGAAUUUGUUCGCUCAAAC